AAGAGGAGCGAUGAGAGCACACACACCUGCACCCAUGGAGUCCCGCCUGGCCCAGACAUGUCUCCAAGAGAAUCAGGAAGCCCCUACCCCAACCUUCAGCACCUUCCAGCCCAUGAACUUGACCCAGGAGAGUUGCCAGGGCCUGGGGUGGGGAAGCAAGCCCAGCAUACAGACUCUGAAGGUCCAGGAGGCUCAGCCCAGCCCCAGGAUGACCCACAUCAUGGCAUCUGCCCUAGUCCUGGGAGCUGCCUGUGUCCCUGGGAAUGCUGACAGGGCAGAAGAGGUGCCUGGGGAAGGUGACUUGUCCUUGCAGGCUGAGACCAGAGCAUGGGUUCAGAAGACCCAGGCCCACUGGCUCCUGCACAGGGCUGCCCCUGUCUGGUUCCACGGCUUCAUCACGAGGAGGGAAGCAGAGAGGUUGCUACAGCCCCAGCCUCAAGGAUGUUACCUGGUGCGCUUCAGUGAAAGUGCAGUGACCUUCGUGCUGUCCUACAGGAGCCGAACUUGCUGCCGUCACUUCCUGCUUGCCCAGCUCAGGGACGGGCGUCACGUGGUACUGGGCGAGGACAGUGCCCACGAGCAGCUUCAGGACCUGCUUCAGCACUACACAUCGUGUCCCCUCAACCCUUAUGGGGAGAUGCUCACCCAGCCACUCGCCCGCCAGACUCUUGAGCCAGCUGGACUUUCCCUAAGGAUUGAAUCAGACUCUGGAAGCAAAAGCCACCAUCCCAACCCCCAGCACAGCCUGCUCAUCAAACAGAGAAAGGCCCAGACUCCAGCACACAAAGAGGGGGCCUGGGAGCUAAAGGAGUCUUCAGAAGCACCCAGGCCUAAACCUCCCAUCCCUGCCAAGUCUCAGCUGCCUCUUGAAAUCUACGCAAGUCCUGCUUCACAACCCCAUCAAGCCCCACUCACAAACCCCAUCUACCAGGAACCUGAUGAACCCAUCGCCUUCUAUGCCAUGGGCCGGGGCAGCCCCAGGGAAGUCCCCGGUAAUAUCUAUGCUGAAGUAGAGGGACCACUGGGAACAGCACCCACUGGGCACUCCAUCCUCCACAAGUGCCAGUCCAGACGCAUCCCUGGAGGCCAGAAGCCAGGUGGUCUGCAGUCGCAUUCUGAGAGCUCCCUGGCAGACCACGGACCCCUUCUCCCUGAGCAGUCCCCACAUCCCUGGAGGCGCACCCUCCCCCACAACUUUUCUAGACAGCUGCUUCAGGACAGAGGACAGACAUGGCUCCCCUUUGGGCCUCCUCAGUAGGUGGAAACACACCUGGCUGCUUUCCAGAGUUCUGCUGCACGGGGGCCUCCUCUGCAUCCCAAUUUUCCCUGUCCCCUUAACAAGUCUACCCUCCUACCCCAAAGAAGAGGAGCAAAUGUGGGGCUUACUUCCUCUCAGGGACACACUGGCUCCCUCCUGAGGGUCCCCAAGAAUUCAAUGCUCAGUACUUGGCAUCCUCUAAGACCAUAACGACAUGUUCUAGGAUAGCCCUGCUGGCUCCCAUGCCCUCGUUUUUCUUCCUAAAGAAAGUGGACGCUAGCAGACAUUGGCCUUCUGAGCUUUGCACCUGGGCCCUGGGCCCUGAUCCAAAGCUGCUGUUGUCUCAA